CUUUAAAUGAGUUUGGACUCGGCUCAUUUAUCUAAUGAGUUGAGCCGAACUGUAGCCUUAACGGCUCUUGCUAUGCUUAAUCCACAUCAUCCAUCAAACCAAUCAAACGGAAGAACAGAAAAUUUGGGGUCAAUAGAUCCGGUUUAACGAAAUAAAUAUACAAGCCAAAAUCACAAGCACCUUUCGGGAAGCCUUAAAUUCACUCUUCCGAAUCAUCCACCACAUACGUAGAGUUGCAAGAUAUUGAACUUCUAAUUUCUUGCUGCAUUGAAGAUACAAGAGAAAAAUCAGGAUGUUUUCUUUGUUUUACGGACUAUGGAAGUACAUGCUGAGCAAGGUUGAGUUUCACGUUCUUAUUCUUGGAAUUGACAAGGCUGGCAAAACAACAUUACUGGAGAAAUUGAAGUCACAGUACUCGAAUGUGGAAGGCCUCCCUCCUGAUAAAAUUGUUCCAACUGUGGGGCUCAAUAUUGGUCGUGUUGAAGUGUCAAACACGAAACUCAUAUUCUGGGACCUGGGAGGUCAGAACUACAGAAGUGCAAAACCCACCAUGGAGCCUGGUCUUCGCUCUAUUUGGGAAAAAUAUUAUGAAGAGGCACAUGCUGUGAUUUAUGUAAUUGAUGCUGCUUGUCCAUCUCGUUUUGAAGAUUCAAAGUCUGCUCUUGAGAAAGUUCUUCGGCAUGAGGAAUUACAAGGAGCUCCUCUUCUGAUUUUAGCAAACAAGCAGGACCUCGAAGAUGCUGUGUCGGUCGAUGAACUCUCUCAAUAUUUGGACCUCAAGAAACUUGACGAGAGAGUUUAUACGUAUCAAGCUGUUUCAGCUAUCGAUGGACUCGGGAUUAAAGAAAGUGUUAAUUGGCUGGUGGAUGCUAUGGAAAGAAGUAAGAGAACGGAUAUGCUGAGAGUUCGUGCAGGUUCAAGUGUCGUCUAAAUUGUGAAAAUUACCCACAAGAAUAUGCGUUCAUUCGUAAUUUCUCGACACCAGAUGUGGGUGAUAUUUUUUUUUUUUUUAAGAUUUGUAUCUGAUAUUCGACAAAUUUAAAUUUAAUAGUUUGAUUAUAUGGUGAAGCGUGAAAGAUUCUUAGUUGUUUCAAUUUUACUUGGAUUUUACAUGUUGUAUGCCAUCCAUUUUGAAGAGACUACCCCAGCAGAAGUUUCGAGAACAUACGUUGUUUCGGAAUAUAAGACCAAUUUGUGGUGCUUAUUGAGAGCGUUGAUCAGAAUUCGGAAUGAAGCCCGAGAGCAACAACCAGUCAACCACAAAUACAACUCGUCAAAAACCAUCUAGUGACAUGUAUAUUUAUCAAUUGAAGUAAUUACAUACUAGUUGAGUACAAAACUCGUUUACUACACAGUGCUAAUAAAAAAGUUAUUCGUACUUUUUUUUA